UGCAAUAAUACUGUAUAUUGCUACGAAACAGUUUAAACCUACCGAGCUCUUCAAUUCUUGCGUAGUGAGGUGAAUUCGUGUCACUGAAUUUCAUCAUGGCAUUGGGAGUUGUACUCGCUUGCCUCCUUGUGGCCAUGACAACAGCGGCUUCAGUGGGUACCAAGGAGAACGAAGUGGUCGACUGUCUGCCGGAGUCGACCGAGUUGAUUCCCCACCCCGACCACUGUGCCAAGUACUACAACUGUUCAGCAGGGAAACAGUCGUACUACUGGCCUGAGCAUCUGAUGGAGUGUCACUACCCCCAAGUCUGGAACGUCAUCACAAAGCAGUGCGAACACUACACCAUGGUCGACUGCGGAGACAGGGAGGUACCCAACGGUCACUGUGACUACCGUCGACAUCAGUGUGAUCGCGCUCACUGCAGGCCUUGCUAUUUGACCUACCCAAGUUGCAGGGGUCUUCCCGACGGCUUGAACGAAUGGGAGGGGAUGUCUAACUCCCCCUACUUUGCUGUGUGUGUGGGCGAGCGGAUGGUGUAUUCGGGUAGGUGUUCACAGGAACACGGAGCACACAUCUACGACAAACUCAAGAGGACGUGCGUUGAGCAGACUGCUUGAAGACAUGAAGCUCAAGAACCUUCUCAAUUCCUUGCACUUGCCGCUGUUUCUGAACUUCCUAUUUCAUGAUUGUGUAUUCCUUAUUUGGCAGUGAUAUUCCACUUUCCUGAAUUUCUGUUUCAUAUUACCGGACCGCAAAAUGUUAUCCAGUAAAUUGUAUAAUACAUAGCUCGGGCGACGUAAAAAUCCAAAUUCCGACAAUCAAGUUUCCUUCAAGUGACCAAGGAGCUACAGAUGUUUUUGUGCUUGUACAUGAUAAAAUGAUUAUGUGAAUAUCAUGAGUACCUUUUAUUGAAUAAAUUGUUCAUAAGUUUA